CAGCAAGACGACAUGGAGGUCACAGCGCUCUGCAUCAGACUGUUGAUGACUGUGUUGUUGCGUCUGGUUGCACAUGUUGACUUCAGUGAUUGUCAAAGAGCUGAUGUGGGUUUCCCUCAGGUUGUUCCAAACCGACAGCAGUUCUUUGAAUAUGAGCCCAUUACUGUCACCUGUGAGGGUCUGGAGGGACUGACUGGAUGGAGAGUGGUGAGGAGGAUCGGAGGUGCUGUCAAAACAUGUGCUGCUUCCUGGUCAACGUCAACAGGACCCUGUAAAAUAAAGAAUGCCAUAGUGGCAGUUGACAGUGGAGAAUACUGGUGUGAAAUGGGAGGAGCAAAGAAAAGCAACACUGUCAACAUCACUGUCACUGGUGGCUCUGUGAUCCUGGAGAGUCCUGCCUUUCCUGUGAUGGUGGGAGAUGAUGUAACUCUGCACUGCAGAAACAAGCAGAUGUCCUCCAACCUCACCGCUGCAUUUUUUCAAGAUGGCCACUUAAUGGAGAACAGCUCUAUGGGAAACCUGACUCUCAACAGUGUUUCCAAGUCUGAUGAAGGACUCUACACGUGCAGCAUCCCUGAAGAUGGACAAUCAUCAGCGAGCUGGCUGAUUGUCAGAGCAGCUGACAAGGUGCCUCAUCGUGGCCUUCAGCUCCCUCUGCUGCUCUGCAUUGCUGUCAGUGUUUUCUUGGUGGUUCUGCUGCUGUUGAUGGGAUUACUGCAAUGUGGGAAACAUCGGACAAUCACAAUAGAUAUCCCAACCUCUCCUCCCUCCAUCCAGUCUUUCUGUUCUCCACUAACAGUGGCUGAAGUGGAAAGUGAAGCUGCUCCAAACCGGGAAACAUAUGCUGUCAUUACAAACCUCAGGAGGGAGUAUGAUAAUGAAGAGCCCUUAUUUAUGCCUGUUUACCACACCUUAAGCCUGGGGACGGCUUGACACACAGUCCACCAUGGAAAGGUUACAGAGAGCAGAGACUAAUGUCUGAAGAAGGAAGGAGAGUCUAUUUAAAGCUUUGUAAUGCGUGCAGGUCAUGUGACCACACAAAGCUCUUUUGUUACAUUUUUAAUCACCUCAACUGCAGAAUGAA